UUCUCAGCGAUGGGACUAACUGCUGGCGGGUGAACUGUGUUACAAAGACUUCUGGGCAGAAACCUUUUGACGCACGUCUAGUGAAUUGCGGUUUAUGGAUGCUUUUCACACAUAGGGAGCUAGAGAUUACAAUCAGUGGAUUUCGCAGCUCACUAAAAAUACAUCAACCCUGAAUUUGAUCCCGCAAAGACAAUUUGUGUAACAUUCAGUAUCUGAAGAAACACGACAAUUCGGAUGUUGCUUAUAGCCUACCCACAGUUUGUUUUCUGCGCUACUGAUCUACACAUCUUCAGCUACUCCCCUUGCAAGACUGACAACAAUUCAAAGUUCAGGAGGAUUCUUGGUUGUCAGCCUGAAAAUAGGAAACAAGUGGAAACUUCAUUUUCAGUAAAUGACUCACUAUGACCUUCUCGUGACGGACCAGCUCUCCUUUCAGCGGGUUCCCUCAAUUCGCCGUCUGUGUUAAAAGUUUUUCGUCUUUCGGGGGAUUUCCGUACGAGGACGGAAUAGCCUUCUGGCAUGACUCCUAUGACCAUGUUGCUAUCGCGCUUGGUUUGUGAACUUUGAUUGCCUCGAGGUCUUCUAAAACAACACAGCCAGAGACCAUUCGGCUGUUGAGUACACGCGUGAAUCCAUUUGCCAAAAGAACACUUUUGAAAGAAGUCUUUAGGAACUGGGAAACGCUUGCCUGGUCAUCUUGUUUUCCCCAAGACAUCAGAUCGGAUCCUUAUCUCCCAUACGACGGAGUCAAGACUGUACCUAUUGUUUAACCAAAGUGUUGUAAGAUAGCAUGGCAAUGGUAGUAAACCAGUGGCAAGAGAACAUUGGGACCGACCCCGGGUCUCUACAGAUUUGUCAGGAGCCCGGUGGACCGGGCACCCCUUCGGGUUCCACUCCGGGGAACGAUGCACUUUCCGGAGACAAAAUACCCAACGUGGACUGCAUGGUGUGUGGGGACAAAUCGAGCGGUAAACACUAUGGCCAGUUCACAUGCGAGGGUUGCAAGAGCUUCUUCAAACGUUCGGUUCGGAGGAACCUAACGUACACCUGUCGGGGAAAUCGCGACUGCCCCAUUGAUCAGCACCAUCGAAAUCAGUGCCAGUACUGCCGCCUAAAGAAAUGCUUGAAAGUCGGCAUGAGGAGAGAAGCCGUUCAGAGAGGCCGCAUGUCCAACUCCCAGACCAGCCCCGGCCAGUACCUGACCAAUGGCACGGACCCGUACGGUAACGGGCAGCCCUACCUGUCGGGCUUCAUCUCCCUGCUUCUGAGGGCCGAGCCCUACCCCACGUCCCGCUACGGCGCCCAGUGCAUGCAGUCCAACAACCUCAUGGGCAUCGAGAACAUCUGUGAACUGGCAGCGCGGCUACUCUUCAGCGCUGUGGAGUGGGCCAAGAACAUCCCCUUCUUCCCUGACCUGCAGCUCAUGGACCAGGUGGCGCUGUUGCGCAUGUCGUGGAGCGAGCUGUUUGUGCUGAACGCGGCGCAGUGCUCCAUGCCCCUGCACGUGGCGCCCCUGCUGGCGGCGGCGGGCCUGCACGCCUCGCCCAUGUCGGCGGAGCGCGUGGUGGCCUUCAUGGACCACAUCCGCGUCUUCCAGGAGCAGGUGGAGAAGCUGAAGGCCCUCCAGGUGGACACAGCCGAGUACUCCUGCCUCAAGUCCAUCGUGCUCUUCACCUCCGACGCCAUGGGCCUGUCCGACGUGGCACACGUGGAGAGCAUCCAGGAGAAGUCGCAGUGUGCGCUGGAGGAGUACGUGCGCAACCAGUACCCCAGCCAGCCCAACCGCUUCGGCCGGCUGCUGCUGCGGCUGCCCUCGCUGCGCAUCGUCUCCUCGCCCGUCAUCGAGCAGCUCUUCUUCGUGCGGCUGGUGGGCAAGACGCCCAUCGAGACGCUGCUGCGCGACAUGCUGCUGUCCGGCUCCAGCUACAACUGGCCCUACAUGCCCGCCGUGCAGCGCGACCGCCCCAUCUCCCUGCACUACAACGAGAACGGGCCCUGAGACGCCGCCCCGCCCCGCCCGGGGGUCCUGAGGGGUCCUCCUGGGGCCCCAGUUAGGCCCCUUGCUGGUGGGCUGAUAUCCUGUGGGUGGGUGGGAUGGAAAGGUGGACUGGGCUAAUUUGGGAGUUGGUGGGGGGAUUGGUAGAUUUCACUGACUGCUUCCCCUGUCCCCUGGUCAACCCGAACUGGAACCCAUCCAAACACCACUGACCUCAGCCCACCUCACCUCAUGUUGCGAAAUGAACUGACAGGACUGAUGAACGAACGCUCAGUGGCCUCUUUGAGGAGCUCUCUCUCUCUUUCUCUCACUCUAUCGGUCUCACUCUAUCUCUCUCGUUCUCUCUUUCAUCCACGCAAUCAGCACCCCCACUCUGAUGCAAAAGACUUGACACUGUGGCUGUCACUCUGAGACGGACGGACUGGGACCUUGAUUCUUUCUCCUGCCUUCCCGCCAGAUGCUCUAUAUUAUAUACUCGUGUUGUUUUUGCAAAUAGUCGAUCAAAGCCAGUCGACCAACGACUCUCAUUGCAAGGCAAAACUGAUUUCAGAGGAUCUGGCCAAAGGGCUUUGUACUUUGGACACGAGAAGGCCCGAUUCCUGAUUGUUUUGCGAAUGAACCAGAAGCCAUUAAAAGUACCAAUGCCAAAUUUUCUUUCUUUCUUUCUUUUUCUUUUUUUUCUAAGCAAGGACAUUCAGAAAGAAUAAUCUCAUUGUCUGUUUCGGAGGCCUUUAGAAAAAUGCCCCAGCGAGGUCCUUCUUUUCUUCUGAACUGCAAUUGAAGAUUGUAUCCAUAUGUGUGUGUUUUUGACUCUGCGCAGCCAGAGCAAACAGUGUGAUCACAGCAGCUGGGUUCUGAGUGGGGAGGCGGGAGGGGGCUGGGUUGCGUUGUGCGUGCGUGUGUGUGUGUGUGUGUGCGUGUGUGCGUGUGUGUGUGUGUGUGAAUGCAUAGGUGUGCGAGCAUGUGUGAGAGGCAGAGAGUAAUGUCUGUGUAAGGGACAUCCACAUCUCCUACUAUAUUAUGUGCAAGCCGAGAAACAAACAAGACUCUUUUAGGGCACACUUGCGUAAAAAAGAAAGCCAUUGCCAAAGCCAAAGUGGCAACGAAAUUGUUUGGAAUGUUUUGUGGUGAUGGAGACAAAAAAAUGUCUUUUGGUUUGUUUCCAAGUUGACCUUCUUUGUAUUUUUGGGUCUCUGAAGAGGUUGGAAGCUGUGAAAAGAGGCACUUGAUAUUUGAAACCAGCCAGACAACCAAACCCCUUCCCUCCCCUCCCCUCCCCUCUCCCCCCUCUCUCUCUCUCUCUCUCUCUCUCUCUCUCUCUCUCUCUCUCUCUCUCUCUCUCUACUGCUCUAUCCAGCUAGCACCAAAAGUCCAGCACAACUAGAUAGUACUUUAGUUGCCAUGUCAACAACAGAAUCCACCCUGUUUAUAGUGCUUAUCCGGAUUGUAAAUACCUUGUCUGUUCAAGGUGAAUACUGUAUUUUAUGAUCAAACACACACAACAUUGCCAACAGUCAACCACUGUGAGAAUGUCGGGUGACGUAUAGAGAGAGGACGUCUUGUAUAGCAUAGGAUAUUCUCUGUUGUAUACAUUUUCUUAUCCAUAUAGAGUCAAUAAAAAGCCACCAAUGUCAAAGCAGUCACAUUCAAACGAGGCACUACAGUUUUGACAAGGCAACAUUUGGAUGCAAAAGCCAUUGGGACCUUAAGAAGCAGGACCUUUUGUUGUAUUAGCUCACAAAAUAUUUCUAUAAGAGUAUGUUUUUUUCUGUAUUUUAGGUUUUGAAAAAAUGAAUCAAUGAAUGAUAUAAAA